CAGAAACUCAACUCAACUCUCGCUCUGCUGCUGCUUCUCAGAGUGUGUGCUUGGUGUUUGUGAGAAAAAAUGGCUGACUCGACCUCCCUGAAGAAGAUCUGCUCUCGUCAUAAGAAGAAGCUUGAAAUAUUUUGUCGCAAUGACCAGAUUUUUAUCUGCUCUCAGUGCAAGAUGGACGAACAUAAAGGUCAUGAGACAGUCUCGGCUGCCGAGGAAAGGAGAAACAAACAGGGGGAGCUGAAGGAGACCCAGAGGAGAUUCCAGCAGAGAAUCCAGCAAAGUGAGAAGGAGAUGCAGGAGCUGAGGAAGGCCGUGGAGGAGAGGACCAAGAGCUCUGCACAGACAGCAGUGGAGGACAGUGAGAGGAUCUUCACUGAGAUGAUCCGCUCCAUUGAGAGAAAGCGACAUGAGGUGCAAACGCUGAUCAGAGCCCAAGAGGCUGAGGUGAAGCAGGCUGAAGAACAUCUGAAGCAACUGGAGCAGGAGAUUAAUGAGCUGAAGCAGAGUGAUGCUGAACUGGAGAAGUUUACAAGCACAGAGGAUGACAUCUAUUUCCUUGAGAAUAUCCCCUCCAUCCCAAAAAUCCCUCGUCCCAAAGACAGCAUGACCUUCAGCCAGAGUUUCUCUCUUGAGGCUCUGGAGGAAUUUCUCUCUACACUGAAGGUGCAGCUGAAGGAGGAGCUGGAAGGCAUCGUCAAGCAGGAAGCAGAUACUGAUCCUGAACUCCCAGUCAGAAGAACAAACAGUAAUGAGUUUAUACCACCAAACAGUAAGUAUUUACUGACUGUGUCUGAUGUCCAGGCUGUUUCUACUGAGCCAGUAACCAGAGAGGAGUUCUUAAAGUACUCCUGUCACUUCACACUGGAUCCAAACACAGCACAGAGAAACCUCCAUCUGUCUGAGGGGAACAGGAGGGUGGAGAGGAGAGAUGAGCUCCAGUCAUAUCCUGAUCAUCCAGAGAGAUUUGAUGUGUGGUGGCAGGUGCUGUGUAGAGAGGGUGUGUCUGGACGCUGCUACUGGGAGGUGGAGUGGAGUGGGCAGGGGGUUGAUAUAGCAGUCUCAUAUAAAAGCAUCAGCAGGAAAGGACUGGGUAUAGAGUGUAUGUUUGGACGUAAUGACCAGUCCUGGAUGCUGCAGUGCUACAGCUACAGCUCCAGCUACUCUUUCUGGCACAAUAAUGAAGAGACUAAACUCCCUCUAGUGGCCAGCUCCAGAAUAGGAGUGUAUGUGGAUCACGGGGCAGGAACUCUGGCCUUCUACAGCAUCUCUGACACAAUGACCCUCCUGCACAGAGUCCAGACCACAUUCACUCACACACUCUACCCUGGGUUUUGGCUAUACACUGGAUCAUCAUUGAAACUGUUUUAACACACACCAUAUGGAGCAGGACAGAAAUGUAAAGACCCCACAUACAGAUAGAUGCUGUUAUCACAUACACACACACACACACACACACACACACACACACACACACACACACACACACACACACACACACACACCUCAUCAGCUGCCUGAGAUUCUGUGUUCUUGGGGAAUGAUGUGUUGAUGAGCCCAGUUUUUCACCCCCUCUGAUCCUCUCCCACAAUCCAUUUCCUCUCCCUCCUGCUCCCCCUAGCCCUCCUUCCCCUCCUCCAGCUGUUCAGGCCUUUAGGCCCUCUG